AGGAGGGCUCCCGCCCGCUUGAGCGCGGGGCCGCUGGGUGACCCGGCUCCUGCUUGCCCCGCAGCCCCGGCCCCCUGCCCACCAUGAACGCCAGCGGCUCAGGCUACCCGCUCGCCUCGCUCUACGUGGGCGAUCUGCACCCCGACGUGACCGAGGCCAUGCUCUAUGAGAAGUUCUCUCCCGCCGGCCCCAUCCUGUCUAUCCGCGUGUGCCGCGAUGUGGCCACCCGGCGCUCGCUGGGCUACGCCUACAUCAACUUCCAGCAGCCCGCGGACGCGGAGCGGGCACUGGACACAAUGAACUUUGAAAUGCUCAAAGGCCAGCCUAUUCGCAUCAUGUGGUCCCAACGAGACCCAGGACUUCGCAAGUCAGGUGUGGGCAACAUCUUCAUCAAGAACCUGGAGGACUCCAUUGACAACAAGGCUUUAUAUGAUACCUUCUCCACCUUUGGGAACAUCCUCUCCUGCAAGGUGGUGUGUGACGAGCAUGGCUCCCGGGGUUUCGGCUUUGUCCAUUUUGAGACGCAUGAGGCCGCACAGCAGGCCAUCAACACCAUGAACGGGAUGCUGCUGAAUGACCGCAAAGUCUUUGUGGGCCACUUCAAGUCUCGACGGGAGCGGGAGGCGGAGCUGGGGGCGCGGGCCCUGGAGUUCACCAACAUCUACGUGAAGAACCUCCCGGUGGAUGUGGACGAGCAAGGCCUGCAGGACCUCUUCUCCCAGUUUGGGAAGAUGUUGAGUGUGAAGGUGAUGAGGGACAACAGCGGUCACUCGCGGUGCUUUGGCUUUGUCAACUUUGAGAAGCAUGAGGAAGCCCAGAAGGCUGUGGUGCAUAUGAAUGGGAAGGAGGUGAGUGGGCGGCUGCUGUACGCGGGCCGGGCCCAAAAGCGCGUGGAGCGGCAGAAUGAACUGAAGCGCAGGUUUGAGCAGAUGAAGCAGGACCGGCUGAGGCGUUACCAGGGUGUGAACUUGUACGUGAAGAACCUGGACGACUCCAUUGAUGACGACAAACUGAGGAAAGAGUUCUCUCCCUAUGGAGUAAUUACCAGUGCGAAGGUGAUGACAGAGGGUGGCCACAGCAAGGGGUUUGGCUUUGUGUGUUUUUCCUCCCCAGAAGAGGCGACAAAGGCUGUGACAGAGAUGAACGGGCGCAUCGUGGGCACCAAGCCACUCUACGUGGCACUGGCCCAGCGCAAAGAGGAGCGGAAGGCCAUCUUGACCAACCAGUACAUGCAACGCCUCUCCACCAUGCGGACCCUGAGCAACCCCCUCCUGGGCUCCUUUCAGCAGCCCUCCAGCUACUUCCUGCCUGCCGUGCCCCAGCCUCCAGCCCAGGCUGCAUACUAUGGCUGUGGCCCGGUGACACCCACCCAGCCUGCUCCCAGGUGGACGUCCCAGCCACCUAGACCUUCCUCUGCCUACCCUCCAGGUGCCUCAAUGGUCCGGCCACCAGUCAUGCCUCGUCGCCCCCCAGCCCACAUCAGCAGUGUCAGGCAGGCCUCCACCCAGGUGCCACGCAUGGUGCCUCAUACCCAGAGAGUAGCCAACAUUGGUACUCAGACCACAGGACCCGGUGGGGUAGGAUGCUGUACACCAGGCCGGCCUCUCCUGCCGUACAAAUGUUCCUCAGCAGCACAUAGCACCUAUCGGAUCCAGGAGCCGGCUGUGCACGUCCCGGGACAGGAGCCCCUGACCGCAUCCAUGCUGGCUGCGGCACCCCUGCAUGAGCAAAAACAGAUGAUUGGGGAGCGUCUCUACCCCCUUAUCCAUGAUGUCCACACCCAGCUGGCCGGCAAGAUCACGGGCAUGCUGCUGGAGAUUGACAACUCGGAGCUGUUGCUCAUGCUGGAGUCUCCAGAGUCCCUCCAUGCCAAGAUAGACGAGGCAGUGGCCGUGCUGCAGGCACACCAGGCUAUGGAGCAGCCGAAGGCGUACAUGCACUGAAACCAGAAAAGGAAAUCCUCACUUCCAUGGCUGCCAAAAGGACAGUGUUUCUGGCUCUCAGUCCUAAGGCCCUGCAAACUCUAACUUAUUUCCCAAUGAGUCUGUAUCUAUACUUGGGCUCUGUAUCUGAAUGAAGGUUGGUCACCCAUCCAGCCUAUUACCUUUUGCUUUGUGUAUUAAAAGUGCUGCAAAAUCUG